GCAUUUCCCUGUAUCUCAACAGGCAUUUAUGGUUUUCCAAACGAGCCUGCUGCAGUCAUCGCCCUUAGCACCAUUAAGGAAUGGCUGGCCAAGAAUCAGCACGAGAUAUUUAAACCAGAGGGAAGGGACAGCGAAAACAAAUAUAUAAUUAGACAUGUUUCCUGGCUGAGGGUUUUCUCUUGG